GGAGUGUGAGCUGGGCUUGAGUGUGGUGGGACUCUGGCUAUGUGAAUGGCUAUUCACACUUGGCUAUAUCUGCAAAUGUGUAGCUCUGUGGGUAUGUCUGUGGGAGGGCAGGUCUUUGACUACGUCUGUGAAUGCGGAGGUGGACAAGACAAUGAGUGGGGAGGAGUCUGAGUGGGCAAAUAGACUUCUCUCCGAGGGGUCUGAGUGUGGAUGUGUUUACCAAUGACAUGCUGCGUCCUAACUUGUAGCUCUAUGUGUCUGUGUGUGAGUGUGGAGGAGGAGGGAGGGUUGGGCUGUUUUUUGCCCCUAACUUGGCUUCUAACCUGAGAGUGGCUGAAGGAACAAUUCCAUGAAGCUCCAGGGCCUGCCCUCCUGCCUCCUCCAGGGAUCUUGCACACUGACUUGCCCUGGACCAGCCCUGGUACUCCCUCAUCGACCCUUCUUUAUUUCCUAUCUUCUCCCCACAGGACUCCCCGGAUUCUCUUUCUAUUCCUUACUUCUUGUCGUCGCGACUACCAUCUGUGCCACCAUGAUGGACCUGAGUGAAUUGGGGGAGGCUGCCGCCUACCUGAGAAAGAGCUACCAAGAAAUGGUGAAGGUGCACACCGUUCCAGGCGAUGGGAAGAAAUGGGUCUGGGUCCCUGAUGAGCAGGAAGCCUAUCUGGAGGCAGAAAUCAAGGAGAUAAAGGCUGGCAGAGUCACUGUGGAGACCAAGGACCAGAAGGCAAAAUGACUUGCCCAGGGUCACAUAAUAAGCGCAGGGUG